UGCACACUCUAUUGCUGAGCAGUGAGCCUGAGUGGUGAGUACAGCACAAGAUUCUGUGCGGGGCUAGGGGAUGACUCCCCCAGCUCUUUGUAGAUCCUGUGCAGUGCUUUGAGACUACUCUGAAUCAAACCCUUUACUUCCACCACAAAUCCACCUGGAAAAAUAGGAGGAUGAGUUCUUCAUGGAAAGCCAAUAACAAAGAGCUGACUUCUGCAUCCAAGCACCUGAAACCACCUAAAUGUCCUGAUGCUUCUAAGCACAGCCAGGCAAUGGAGCCUAUGAACAACCUCUGCAGGCAGUAUGAGGAGAAGGUACGGCCCUGCAUUGACCUCAUCGACUCCCUGCGGGCCCUGGGUGUGGAGCAGGACCUGGCCCUGCCUGCCAUUGCAGUCAUUGGGGACCAGAGCUCAGGGAAGAGCUCUGUGCUGGAAGCACUGUCAGGAGUGGCCCUCCCCAGAGGCACUGGUAUCGUUACCAGGUGCCCUCUGGUUCUGAAACUGAAGCAACUGGAGCAGGGAGAGGAAUGGAGAGGCAAGGUCACCUACAAGAAAACUGAGGUUGAGAUCUCAGACCCCUCACAGGUGGAAGGGGAAGUCAAUAAAGCCCAGAACUUCAUUGCUGGGGAUGGGGUGAUUAGCAGUGAGCUCAUUAGCCUGGAGGUCAGCUCCCCAAAUGUCCCAGACCUGACCUUGAUUGAUCUGCCCGGGAUCACCAGGGUGGCUGUAGGCAAUCAGCCCACAGACAUCGGACACCAGAUCAAGAGACUCAUCAAGACAUACAUCCAGAAACAGGAGACCAUCAACCUGGUGGUGGUCCCCAGUAAUGUGGACAUCGCCACCACAGAGGCACUGAGCAUGGCUCAGGAGGUGGACCCUGAAGGGGACAGGACCAUAGGGAUCUUGACCAAGCCUGAUCUGGUGGACAGAGGGGCUGAGGACAAGGUCAUUGAUGUGGUUCGGAACCUGGUGUACCACCUGAAGAAGGGCUACAUGAUAGUCAAGUGCAGAGGUCAACAGGAUGUCCAGAAGCAGCUGAACCUGGCUGAGGCCCUGAAGAUGGAGCAAGCUUUCUUCAAGGAGCACCCACAUUUCAGCAUUCUUCUGGAGGAUGGGAAGGCCACAGUGCCCCUUUUGGCAGAGAGACUGACCUCGGAGCUCAUCUCACACAUCUGUAAAUCGCUCCCAGUAUUGGAAAAUCAAAUAAAUAAGAGUUACCAGAGUACAAUCGAAAAGCUACAGAAGUACGGCAUAGAUAUACCAGAAGACAGUAACGAGAGAAUGUUCUUUCUGAUUGAUAAAAUUAAUGCCUUCAAUAAGGAUAUCACUGCUUUGGUACAAGCACAGGAAACUGUACCAGGGGGAGGCAGUCGACUGUUUACCAACCUGAGAAAGGAGUUUCUUAAUUGGGAUAAUUAUAUUGAGGAACAUUUCAAAAAAAGUUCUGCUGAGAUAGACAGCCAGAUCCAAGUAUUUGAAAACCAGUAUCGUGGCCGGGAGCUGCCAGGGUUUGUGAACUAUAAGACAUUUGAGAGUAUCAUCAAAAACCAAAUAAAAGCCCUAGAAGAGCCUGCUGUGGUCUUGCUACACAAGGCCACUGACAUGGUCCGAUCCGCCUUCACAAAGGUUUCAUUAAACAAUUUUGGUGAAUUUUUUAACCUCUGCAGAGCUGCCAAGUCCAAAAUUGAAGACAUCAGAUUAAAUCAAGAAAAAAAAGCUGAAAAGCUGAUCCGACUUCACUUCCAGAUAGAGCAGAUUGUCUACUGCCAGGACCAAAUUUACAGGGGAGCCCUGAAGGAGGUCAAAGAGAAAGAAGCCGAGAAAGAAAAGAAUAAUUUUAACUUUCAAUUUAACUCUCAAUCUCCUCAAAAGGACUUGUCUACCACUGAGAUGAGCCAGCACCUGAAUGCCUACUAUGAGGAGUGCCGAAGAAGCAUCGGGAGACAGGUCCCUCUGAUCAUCCAGUACUUUAUUCUGCAAACUUUUGGGGAAGACAUGGAGAAAGCCAUGCUUCAGCUCUUACAGGACAAGACUAACUGUAGCUGGCUCCUGGCUGAACGGAGUGACAUUACAGAGAAAAGGAAAUUCCUGAAGAGGCGGCUUUCAAGGCUGGACCAAGCUCGGCACAAGCUUGCCAAAUUCUCCUAUUAAUCAGGCUUUUCAGCCUGCCCUGCAUGUUAGUGGCAUGGUGUGGACCAAGGGUUGCUUUGAGGGAGAAAUACCUCAGUACACAUUCCAUUAGUCUCACCCCUUUACUGUUGUAUAGUCUGAACCUUUUACUUGUUACCAUUUGGAAUUAGCAAAUAAAAACAACAACAACACAAAAACCCUUUGAUUUUCCAUUUUAAUCACAUGAAAGCAGCUGCAUGGGGUCGAGACAACAGAUCUAGUAAUGAGACAAAAUUAAAAAUGUGUCUGUGUCUGUCUGUCUGUGUACACAUGUGUCUGUCUGUGUAUGUCCGUGUCAUGUAGGUCGAAGAACAACCUUGGGUGUCAGUCCUUAGGUACCUUCUACUUUUUUAGCAGAAUCUCUCCCUGGCCUGGAACUUCUCCACAUAGCCCUCUUAGAUCUAUCCCCCAGAAGAUCUCUUGUCUCUGCGUCCCAUCUCACUGUGACUGAGAUAGCAGAUGUGUAUCACUGUGCCUGGCUUUGUUGUGGGUUCUGGGUAUUUGAAAUCAGGUCCUCAUGCCUGUAACACUGAUCCAUCUGUCUAGUCCAACAAAAUGAUGUUUUUUUAAAAAAAUUAUGGACUAUACUACCGAAAGUGAGAACUUAAGAGACUUUGAGGCAUCCUUCUAUGCCUCAAUUUUCCUUCCAGCAUGACAGUCAAGCACAAAUGCACAUAGAGAGUUUAAAGAUAAAACUUGAUCUGGAGACCCAUAACAGCUUGGGCAAGACCUUUAAGCAGCAGAGUGGAAGAACAGGCAUUUGAUAAAGCUGCCUGAGAAAGCCACCUAAAUUUACAAAUAACUAAGGUCUGUCCACAAAGCUUUUCAACAGCGCCACUUAGUGACAGACAUGUGAAACCACACCUGCAAAAUGGGUUCACUUGGGAGUGUGGCUUCCAAAACCAAACCAAAAGGAAAGUGUCUCUCUGGUGAUUAGAAAACAGCAUCCUGGGUGUUUCCUGACUCACUGCUACCUCUCUUCCUAAUGAAGGUUUUGCUUGUAUUUUGAGACACGGUCUCACAAUGUAGCCCAGUUGGUCUUGACUGACAAUCCUCCUGUCACAGCCACUGGCACCCUUCGUGAGUACAGAAGUGUACCACUGUACUAGUUCAAAUGGUGUUUGAAUGCUCUAAAAAUUUUUUCAUUUCCUCCUCCUGUGGAUACUGUUAAUAAGAGUAUACAGUCAUGGGAGAGCCUAUACUGUAGUGACAUUUUGUUUGUGCUUUAAUAAAGUUUGCUUGGAGAUCAGUGGAAAUAGCAAGCCAUUUUAAGUAAACAAGAAGUCAGGCAGCACAUGCCCUUAAUCCCUUAACAGGCAGGAUCUCUGUGUGUUCAAGGCCACACUAGGGAACAGAGCCAAGCAUGGUGACACACGCCUUUAAUCCCAGUACCAACCAUAGAGGCCUAGAGGUCUGUAUAGACAGAAAGUGACGGAGCUGUGUAGGAAGAGGAAGUGAGGUAGCUGGGCUAAGAUAGCCAAUGAGAGGGCAGAACAGUAAGGCAUAUAAACCUGGGUAGACAGAAAGUAACUCGCAUUUGGAAGCUGCAGAGUUGGUGAGGUAAGGUCGGCUGGUGGCUUCCCCUAUUUCCCCAAUCUAAGGCUUUCGCCCCUAUAUUUGGCUCCAUGUUUUUUUAUUUAAUAAAACCACUUAGAAAUUCGUCUACAGGGAGCAAGCCGGCAAGCAGUGUUUCUGGAUGGUUCCUACUGCACGUCCUUGGCUGUGAGUGAGCUCCCUGGUUGGAGGUAAUGCUGUAUAGAGCAGCAAGGAAUCCUGCCUUCAAUUCCACCCGAGCUCCUGCCCUCCCUUUCUUCAGCGAUGGACUGUGACCUGGAAGGAAUCACUUUAUUAUAAUGAACUCACAAAUGAAACCACACUGCUAGAUUAAGAUAGGCAAACACGAUCUUGCCCUGGACUUCCAUUCUGGAGGAGAGAGAGAGAGAGAGAGAGAGAGAGAGAGAGAGAGAGAGAGAAGAGCUCCCAUCCUGCCCGGGACUUCCCUUCUGGACAAGAGUGCCCAUCCUGCCCUGGACUUCCCUUCUGGACAAGAGCGCCCAAUCUGCCCCGGACUUCCUGUCUGGACAAGAGCUCCCAUCCUGCCCCGGACUUGCCUUCUGGACAAGAGCUCCCAUCCUGCCCCAGAGUUCCCAUUUGGACAAGAGAGCUCCCAUCUGGACAAGAGAGAAAGACUUCCUGAAUCUGUCAGUUCAGUCUGAACCAAGUGUGCUGAUAAGACCAAGAACGAACCACAAGGAGAUGGGCAGACGUCAAGGCAGAAAUACAUACAACAAAAUGAAUAGCAAUACAGCAUCACCAGAACCUAGCCCUCCUCCAGCACCUAGACCUGAACAUCAAAAAUUGGAAGAAGCAGAGGAAAACAGCCUUAUGAAUGGCAUCAUGAAGAAGGUGGAGGCUUGUGUAGAGAAAAAGACAAAAAAAUGGGAAGAACGCUGUAAACAACUAGAGGAAAGGGCAAACAAAUUAGAAGAAAUCAAUAAAGUCCUGGAAGAAAACAAUAAAGUACUGAAAGAAAAUCAAGAAAAAGUAAUGAAACAAA